AUGACAGUUACUACUGUCUUAAAGAUUUCGUUUUACUUUCUGAUCAUUCUUCAGCAAACACUAAAUGCCACAGAAACAUUUUACAACCGACCAAAAUUACCUGCUUGCCCACAAUGGGAUCCUUAUGGAAUUACAUUUGCAAAUAUGUCAGUAGUUGGACGCCUUCCACUAGAUAUUUUUAUCGAUAGAAAUAAUACUAUUUAUGUUAUUAAUGAAGAAAAUGAAGAAGUUCUUAUUUGGAACGUAGAUAAUAUCAUUCCAACAGUGGUUACUUUCGAUCAUCGGAUGGAACCUUGGGGUCUUUUUGUCACGAAUAAUGGAAACAUUUAUAUCGGCAGCGACGAAACUGGUUUUGUAGAGAAAUGGACUGUAAAUGCAACAACAGGAAUUGUCGUGAUGAAUGCCUCUGGUAGCUGUGCUGGAUUGUUUGUCGAUACUAUGAAUCAUCUCUACUGCUCUUUAGCAUAUAAACAUAAAGUUAUAAAGCAGUCACUUGAUAAAAUUUCGAAUACUCAUAUCAUAGUUGCCGGUACAGGUGUUUCAGGAUCAACUGAUAAUAUGCUUAACGGUCCUCGUGGAAUUUUCGUUAACAAUAAUCUUGAUCUAUAUAUCGCGGAUUGUUGGAAUAAUAGAAUUCAAUUUGUCGAAUUUAACUCACAAAAUGAGAUGAAAAUAGCUUCAACUAUCAGUACAUUAAAUAUCAUUCUUCAUCUUCCAACAGCUGUGUUCUUGGACGCUGACAAUUACUUAUUCAUUGUAGAUAAUUCAAACCAUCGUGUUAUUGGAUCACGAUCGAAUGGAUUUUAUUGUAUAGCUGGAUGUUUAGAUGUCGCCGGUACAACCUCAAGUCAUUUAGAUUUGCCAUAUGGUGCUGUUUUCGAUAAUUAUGGAAAUAUUUUUGUCACCGAUCAAGAUAAUAAUCGAAUUCAAAAAUUUAUGUUAAUAACGAAUAGUUCUAGCAGUUCAUCAAUUAUUGAAUCUCCAUACACAUCAGAAUUAAAUGAGAAUAGUCAAAUGUUUGGUCACACUGAUUGUGAAACGUUGAAUUAUUACUUUGAAGCCAUAGAAAUGGAAGUUCUUGAAAAUGGAUGUUACAGCUUUACCUUUAAUAGCACAAUUCGUAUAUACAGCUAUAUCUAUGAAGAUUAUUUCAAGCCUGUCAUUCCGUCUAAGAAUUUAUUUUCACAGAUUGAUCAAAAUAUUCGUACUGAUCAAUUUCAACUUGAAGCACCUCUCCAAAAGAACACAAAGUAUAUACUGGUGGUAACAACAUUUAUUCCAAAUGUGACAGGAACGUUUUCAAUAAAUGUAACCGGACCAGGCAUCGGCAAAUUUAAUCGCAUUAACGUAUCCUGGAAGAAACAAGCGGUAUACUCAUCAGAGUUAGUUAUUAAUGGCCCAAUAUAUUCACGUAUUGGCUGUGGAUCAAUAAAUUAUUACUAUAAAGCUAUAGAAAUCAAUGUAAUAGAGACAGGCUAUUAUAUAAUUAUUAGCGAGGGUACUUUUAAUAUCUAUGGAUCGGUUUACAAAAAUAAUUUUCAAGUCUUCGAUGCUAAGGUGAACUUACUUGUCGAAGAUGAUGACAGCGGUUGUGAUCCUCAGUUUAAAAUUUCAAUUCUUCUUCAGAAGAACACAACAUAUAUCUUAGUUAUUACAACGUCUGAUCCGAAUCUAACAGGAACAUUUUCGGUAUUUAUAUUUGGGCCAAAUAAUGUCAACAAUGUUCCAACAGUCAUCGAAUCGAAAUAUUCAUCAGCAUUGACUGAAAAUAGUCAAAAAUAUGCGCGCGAAAGAUGUAAAUUGUUGGCUCAUUAUUAUGAAGCUAUACAGAUCAAUAUAAUAACGUCUGGUUUAUAUCUUAUUUCAAGUCAAAGUGCUAUCAAUGUAUUCGGUUAUUUCUAUAAAAAUUAUUUUAAUCCAUUAAAUUUAAAUGAAAAUUUUCUCGCUCUCAAUGAUGAAGGUUGUGGAAACAAUCAAUUUAGACUCAGACUUAAUCUUCAAUCUAAUACAACAUAUGUAUUAGUGGUCACCACUCAUUAUGCAGAGAAAAAAGGCAAAUUUCUAAUCUAUACAUCUGGUCCAAACAAUGUCAUUUUCAGUCGCAUUGAUACUCAAUCAAAAUAUAAAUCGGUACUAACAAAAGAUACUCAAACCUAUUCCCGAGUUUGUGGACGAACAAAUUAUCAUUAUGAAACAAUAGAAGUCAAUAUAGAACAAACAGGUCCCUACAGUUUUGAUAGUAAUAGUAAUAUUAUAACAUAUGGAUAUCUUUACAAAGACAAUUUUAAUCCAUUCAAUCCAAAUAAUAAUUUAAUAACACAUAGCAAUUAUUCCUGUAGUGGAUUUAAUUUUAAAUUUACAGCUUAUCUUCAGUUUAACACAACAUACGUACUCGUUGCGACAACAUUUGAACCAAAUGUGCAAGGAGCAUUCUCUGUAUUUGUUUAUGGUCCAAAUAAUGUUACUCUCAAUCGCAUCACCUAUAAUCAUGACAGUUGUAUUAUUGGUGAUCGAUGUAAUUCUUAUACGAAAGGCGUUGGUGUGACUCUCGAUGAUAUUUUACGCAAUAAAAUUCAACGAAAUAUGACGUUCAAUGAUCAAUCAUUUUUAAUAAAAAUGACUGCUGCUUUCACAAUGAUUAUGUUCGGUGCAGGUUUGAUCAAUGCUGUUCUCUCUUUAUUAACUUUUCAAAACAUGGAAUUACGACAAGUUGGUUGUGGAAUAUAUCUUUUAUCGUCAUCGAUCACUUCGCUUUUUACGAUAUCUUUGAUGACAAUUAAAUUUUGGUAUGUCGUUUUAACUCAAAUGAAUAUGCGUCUUAAUCGAUCUAUUCUUCAAUCAGGUUGCAAAUCUAUUGAACCUCUGUUAAAAGUUUUCAUUUAUUUGGACACUUGGUUAAAUGCUUGUGUAGCUAUUGAACGAGCUGUUCAUGUAUUCCAAGGAGUCAAAUUUAGUAAGAAGAAGAGUAAACGCAUUGCUCUUUGGAUAGUUUUUAUAUUACCAUUCUUUAUCGUAAGUACAAUAAUUCACGAACCACUACAUCGUAAUGUGAUAGAAUAUGCAACUGAAAAAUAUCGAUCACAAGAUGAUGAUCAAUUAACAAAUAAUUCAAUUGAAUAUGAAACAGAAAAAAACGGAUCAGAAAUAAUUGAAAUGGAAAAUCAUAUUCUAUGUGUUAACAUUUAUUCUCGUUCUAUGCAAGAUUAUAAUACAGCUAUUCUAUUUUUUCAUCUCACAGUUCCAUUCAUAGCUAAUCUCUUUUCGGCAUUAUUCAUUAUUUUCGGAACUGCUCGACAGCGAUCAGUUGCUCGAACUAACCAGUCGUAUCAAGCACAUAUUCUUCAACAGUUAAGUGAACAUAAACAAUUAAUAGUUAGUCCCAUUAUAUUAUUGAUUCUAUCUUUACCUCGAUUGAUCAUUUCAUUGGUAUCCGGAUGUGUAGAUGCAUCUAAUAAUUCUUGGUUAUAUUUUUUUGGUUAUGCCAUUUCAUUCACUCCAUCAAUAUUAAUGUUUAUGGUAUUUAUUUAUCCUUCGAGCUUAUAUAUGAACACAUUUAAAAACUCAUUAAAAAAGUGGACACAACGAAAUAAAUAA